CAUCUGACUUUUUUCUCAGAAUAUUACCCUUCUCUCCCAGGUCCGUAACAUGAUUAUUUUCCAACAGCGGCCUUAGAACGCUGUCGGAGCAGAAGCAACUAGUGUUUCUCAACAUCAAGCUGAUAAGAAACUCUGUGGCAGAUCAAGUUUCUGAUCUGUCUGGAGAGGUCUACUGGUCUGGCCCACUGGAGAUGGGAGAUGUGGCCCAUUCACUAAAAUGUGUUUGGGGGUGGAGGGGGGCUGGUGCCACCCUUCUAGCCCCGCCCCUGGGUUGGAGCGUCUUUUGGCAGUGAAGGCUGGCUGGUAGCCUCGGUGCUGCUGAGAGAUUGCAUAAUGAGCGGCCCAUCCGCUUGACUGCAGACUGCUAGGCUAUUUAAAGUGAGGUGUGGUGUUUUUAAACGUUACGAUGUUAACUCUGGCGUUAAGCAGCGUUUUGGCGGGGCUGCUGGCUCUUGUUGUCUACCAGAGGGUGGCUUAUCCCUUCUUCUGGCUGGAUCUCAUGUAUUACUGGAAACUUCGGAGGUACGGGAAGAAGUUGGCGGCUCGUAUGCAGCGAGGUAUCCUCACAUAUCUCGACUGUUUUCUAUACCAGGUGAGAAAGAAGCCGAACAAAGCCUUCAUCAUCUUCGGAGAGCAGACUCUGACGUACCGGGAUGUGGACCGGAGAAGUAGUCAGUUCGCGAGAGCGUUCAGGACGGAGGGCUCUGUGAAACAGGGAGACAUUGUUGCCCUGUUGAUGUCCAACGAGCCGGACUUUAUCUGUGUGUGGUUGGGACUGUGUAAGCUGGGCUGUGAAGUGGCCUUUCUCAACGUGAACAUUAAAGCCAGGUCCCUGCUGCAUUCCGUCCACAGUUGCGGGGCCGCGGCGCUGGUCGUCGGCGCAGAUUUGGUGCGUUUGGUGGAGGACGUGCUGCCCGAUCUGAAGCAGGACAACAUGGCGCUGUGGCUGGUGGAUCACACAGCACCGUCAGAGCAUUUCACCACUCUACUGGAUAAGGUGGAACACAUGUCCGGAGAAACCUUAAGGGACCGUCCUAAAGUUGACAUCAUGUCCAACUUUCUCUUCAUUUUUACUUCAGGCACCACAGGUCUCUCCAAAGCAGCUCGGGUGGGUCAUCUAAAAGCCAUCGUGAGUAUGACCUUCUUUCAAAUGUGUGGAGCCACAUCUGAUGACAUCAUCUACAUCACUCUUCCUCUCUACCACAUGUCUGCUUCCCUGUUAGGGAUCGGGGGAUGCAUACACCUUGGUGCAACGUGUGUGUUAAAAAAGAAGUUUUCUGCCAGUCAGUUUUGGACGGACUGUGUGAAACACAAUGUGACGGUGGUGCAGUACAUAGGAGAGCUCUGCCGAUACCUGUGCAACCAUCCCACGGUUCCGGAGGAGAGAGCUCACCGUGUCCGGCUGGCAGCAGGAAGCGGCCUCAGGUCAGAUGUUUGGAAGGAGUUUGUCAAACGCUUUGGAAAGAUCCAGAUCAGAGAGGGUUACGGUUUGACCGAGGCCAGCGUCGGCUUCCUCAACUACACCGAUGAGGUCGGACCAAUCGGGAGGGCCAGCUAUUUCAACAAGCUUUCUAUGCCCUUUGAGCUCCUGAGAUAUGAUCCACAAACAUUUGAGCCAGUCCGAACAGACUCUGGAAGAUGCAUACGAGCACAAAUUGGAGAGGCAGGGAUCCUGGUCGCUCCUCUGACAGCUAUGAACCAGUUCCUGGGCUACGCUGGGAACCAGGUCCAGUCUGAGAAGAAGCUGCUCCGGGACGUCUUUAAAGCUGGGGAUGUCUACUUCAACACUGGAGACCUCCUGCUCCACGAUCACAGGGACUUCCUUCACUUCCGUGACCGCAUCGGAGACACCUUCAGGUGGAAAGGAGAGAAUGUGUCCACCACAGAGGUGUCGGAGGUUUUCGGUCUUCUUGAUUUUAUCCAGGAGGCCAACAUCUACGGAGUCACCAUACCAGGAUAUGAAGGUCGCGCAGGCAUGGCUGCUAUCGUCUUAAAACAGGAUCACACAUUAAAUGGAACAAAACUCUACAACCAUUUAGUAGAAACACUUCCUGCAUACGCCUGGCCGUGGUUUCUCAGAAUACAGACCUCUCUGGAUGUGACGGAGACCUUCAAGCAGCAGAAGGGGAAGCUGGUCCAGGAGGGUUUUAACCCGGAUGUCACCCAGGAUCCUCUGUAUUUCUUAGAUGUCUCUCAGAAGGACUAUGUUCUCCUGACUGUACGUCUGUAUCAUGACAUUGUGUCUGGAAAGAUCAAAUUAUAAACAUGUUGGGACACGUUCAUGCAGGAGUACAGCCAAAGAUAAGCCACAUUUCCAUGUGACUGUACUUAAAACCCUGCCUCCUAACUCCUUUAAACAAAGCUCUAUCAACCAUUUUCACAGUUUGCAUCAGCGAUGUAUAAUAUUAACCGAAAUUGAGCCUGUUGAGUUCAGUGGAGUUGCUCUCUUGGCACAUACCCCCCAAAAGUUUCUAAGCGUCCGGGUUUACUUUUGUGAUAUGCGACCCACUGAAUCUGCGCAGUAGUAUUUCUCCUGCUGACCCACAGACUUUACAUUGUGCUGAUAUCACAGGUUUUUAAUUUAAAUCACUUUUCUCGGCUCGAGGGAAGGUUAUCAAAUAUAAAAGUCUAUGGAUUAAAAAACUUCAGAAUAGAAAGAGUCAUAACCGUCUGUUUUCAGUUUGAGAUGUCCUGGCAGUAGUUUUACAGACACUCAUUAACAAUGGUGAGCUAAAAUCCUUUCUGGCUGCAGGGGGAGAUUUUGAUGCAAUCCAGCGAGUGGCCACUGGAAAGAAUUUGGCUGCAAGGCUGAGUUCCCUUCCUGGGAACCUGGUUUAAAUACGUCAACAAGCUUUGUUUUUUUUAUUAAUGAUUCAACCACGACUUUAAGCAUCGGCUCUUCAGAAAUGGUGAAGACAAGUGACUGCUUAACUGUUUUUACUUAUCAUUGGACCUCAGCACUACCAGCACAUGUUUCACAUUUAAGAGCAAUGUGCUAUAGUUUAGUUUAGUGUAAAAGUUUAUACCAGAGUUUCCGCGGGGUCUUAAAAAGUCUAACAUUUCCAAAUCAAAAUUUUAGGCCCUAAAAAGUCUUAAAGUAUUGUGUUCUAGGUCCUAAAUCAUUUUCAACAGGUCUUAAUUUUCCUACGUCAAUGCAACGCUAAUGCUUCCACAGCGCUUUACAAUGUUUCUUUUUAAUUCUGUGGUGUUGUAGUUCUUUCUGUCGCUAGUCCAAAUAUAACUCGCUGUAUAACAACUACAAAUGAGACCAACGAUCUACUCUAGACACCAGUCCUAUUAUGCCAGUGAGGAAAUCUGGGAAUUGUUUCAGACAAUGGGCCUUAUUCACCAAACGUUCUUCAGAACAAAUUUCUUAAAUUCUUAAACCCAACUUGCGCAGUUUUCACGAAUUUUUGGCAUUGAAUUCUGGCACCAAUGUUUUCUUAUUUGGGAUUUGUUCUUAGGUAAGAACAGAAUCUACGCACACUCAAGAGCACUCUGACGCACUAUUUAGAGCUGACAUGUUUGCGCAGUAAAGUAGUUAUACCGCUUUUGUCCGUUCUAAUUUAAAAUUUAUAAUUUCUCAUCUUUAUAAUUUUGUAACUAAUUAUUUUUAUUAUUUUACACAUAAUUAUACGUUUGUUUGUUUUAAUAAAUACACACUACUGCUCA